AUGCCCAAGGAUGCGCGGACAAAGUCCAGUAGGAGCAUGGCAGGGUCGCUGCAGUUGGCCAAGGAGUAUACGGAUAACGGAGACAUACGGCGUGUAAGGCUCCCGGAGGACAAGCUGAAGGAUCAGUUCCGACUCAGCUUUCCGGAACGAUAUCUUGAUAGACUGAGCUUUGAUAAGUCUGAAACGUUUGACAAGCGCUUAAUGCAAUAUCGCCUUUCAUAUCUAGACUCACGGUCAACGAGUAGAGUCGGAAGUAUGCACCAAAGCCAUAGGACUGCGUCGUGCUCAACCAUUAACAGCAAGUCAUCUAAUGUGAAGAGCAACUCUAAAGCCAGCACACCAACCUCUAAAAGUCCUCGGAGGUCACUUGGGAAGAGUCAACAGAAAACCGCUAGUCGAUCUUCCUCUAAAUCUAAAGAGCCCGACGCGUCCCAGAAGCAGGAAAGAAGUGUGUCACCAACCUCAUCACCACGUGAGUCAAAGGGCGAAAUGGCGAGCCAAGCGUCUGUCCCUCAGUCCCCCCAGCGGCAGGAAGGCCUGACACCUCCUGCGUCCAAGCAACCGUCGCGACAAGGGUCGCCUAAACCACACAUUUCGGGAAGCAUGGCCACAUCCGUGUCUCUUCCUAGUACCAAUAGUUACUUGGCGUAUAAAAAAGCAAUCAUGCAGAACGUCACAAGUGCUCACGGAGCCAAUGUUAAACGCCCGUCUUCCACACGAUCCAAUUACAAUUCUCUUGAGUAUAAGCAAAACCUCCUUUUGGAUCAUGAAAACGACACACAUGAAAGGACGCUCAAGCAGACUAACAACCAUGUCGUUAUGGAUAUGCUGGCAACAGACCUUGCAAUGGCUUACGUUGAAGACAAUUGCAGAGACCACAAGGUAUUUAGAAACAGGCAUGACAUUUGGGAAGAUCAAAGGGACUAUGCAAAGCCGUGGCGACAUAACAUGAAACUAGAGAGCAACGAGGGCGAUGCAGAAACGUAUACAAAGAAGAAUAUAAUCAUCAACGAACCAGUGAAAGCAUUGGUCUCGGAUGCCAAUCAACCCAGAGAUAAAGGUCUUGCAGAUAAUUGUGGGACUGCCCCGGAGACACAGGCAGCAUCCGUAGAUCUCUUGAAGAAAUAUGGUAAGAACGAUACGCAGCAGUUGUAUGACUAUAGCGAAGAAGCAGACCCUUCAGAUGGUGCAGGGAGGAGCAGGGAGGAUGGGUCCUUCAUUAAGAGAUACAGUAUCCAAACAAUACAAUGGAAUAGGCAAUAUAACAGCAUGGCAAGUUAUAAACAGGAGCUAGAUGAGGCCGCUUGCCAAGAAGGUGUACUAAACACAGUGCAAAGACCGUGCGCACGCUUUCCUCAGCAAAGAAGACAGUCUAAUUCUCUCACUAAACCAGAAACCCUCUCUGAACAAUUGGAACGUUAUCGUAUUCCCAGCGAUGAUAAAGCCCCAACGGUUAUCGGCCAUGCUUCUGGGAGCGGUGCUGCUUUCUCAGAGGCUGCAACACACACAAUACCGGAGGCCCCUCAGAGGCCAUGGAAGCCCGAUCAUAGACCAUCAGCAACUACUGAUUCAAGGUCUCGAUCAGGCAACAAAGCGCAUACGUCUAUCAGCAACAAAGAGGCAUGCCAGGGCGCAGAGGAGGCACACUCACAUAUAUCCACGCAAAGAGAAAAUGCUGAUAACAGGAGCAACAGAGAAUCAUCUAAUGCUACACGUGGAAGGCGACCGCAAAGUGCCAGGCCAAAGCCUGCAGUAGGUGUAGAAAAAUCCGUCAAGCUACCAUCUUCAAGCAUCACUAAAGAAAAGCGCCCAACUUCCGCCAAAAAGGACAAUGCAAAGAGGGCCGGCUCAAGGCAAUAUCAGCUUAAGAACAGAGUAGAGCAGGACGGAGGUAAGCCCAAUAACGAUACACUAGAUAUUCGUGUAAGUGCUACCAGUAGACAAUCUGCUACGGCAUUAGGGACCUCUGCACCCGAGGUUGAUAUUCAUAAAAGCUUCGGGUCGACAGUUACCACGCUGGGGCCCGUGGCACAGCAGAGGCACGUAUCAGAUACAGAAGAGAGCCAGCCCGUCUCUAAAAGCACUCUACCUAUCUCGCCAACAAGAGAAUCUACGCAGCAAACGCCGUCUAUAACCAUCUCCGAGAAAAGCCCUGAGAUAAGGGAGUACACUUCCCACGUCCAACCAUACCAGCAACCGAUGAUUGACGAUAGCAGUUCCCGUCCUCAACAACAGGUGGAGCUUCCCACAACUCUGUCUCCAAUCCUCUUUCCACACAACUUGGAGACAACUCCUCACAUUCGAACCAGCGGCGGAGAGAAGAGCGAACCGCAUGGCCGAAUUCUCAAUGACCUUGCCGCCGAUUUGCAAGAGCUGGUGACAAACAAGAAACGGAAGACCAGAAAGCUGCCCGCCUCGAUAGUCGAUCCAAAGGACGUCUUCCCUUUAUCACCGGCUGGAACGGGCCGCUUAUCAAAGGAUCUCUCUAUAGACGCAUUUGAUAAGCUCCCUUUGCUCGCUGCUGACUUAAACGAUUCUGGGCCGACUGCAUUGCCCAGCUCUCCGUCGAGAAGGAUGACAGAGGCAUCCAAUAGAAACAUCACCAAGAUAUACCUACACACCGCGGCUCAUAGCCCACAGGCGCCGAUAGUGGAUUCAUCCAUGCUGCAGGAGCCAAAGAAAGCGCACGCAUAUGCUAUGCCCGGUCAACUCUUGGCAAUUCACGACAAUACUGCCGAGGGCGACGCUUUGGUGAGAAGUCAGGAGCUUUCCUUGAGCCGGGAAAGGUCGGAUCUUUUGUCCUCUGUGAUUCAGCGCACGUUAGGAGCCCAGGUGGAGACAUCUCUGCCUGUCAACGAGGAGCUACAAACACAGCUGUAUAACGCUUUGACUAAAAAUAUGAAUAAGCAAGGCCCUCACUAA